CCUGUUCUUCACUGACACUCUCACUCAGCUGAGUGAGAUCCAGUGGUGUGGAGCAGAGAGUCUCAAACAGAUUUUCUCGCUUUCUUCAGCAAGAAAGAAAAGGAAAAGAUGGAGAGGAUGCAGGGAGAGGUGGAUCUCCUGGAGCAACCAAGUCCCUUGAAUGACAAGGAGAGGCUGAUGAUCCAGGAUUCCUGGUCAAAAGUCUACGAGCACUGUGACGAUGCUGGUGUGGCCAUACUCGUCAGGCUGUUUGUAAACUUCCCCUCAUCCAAGCAGUUCUUCAGCCAGUUCAAGCAAAUCGAGGAGCCGGAGGAGCUGGAGCGGAGUGCCCAGCUGAGGAAGCACGCUCGCAGGGUCAUGAACGCUAUCAACACGCUGGUGGAAAACCUCGAUAACCCAGAUACGAUGGCCUCAGUGCUGCAGCAGGUGGGCAAGGCCCACGCUCUCCGACACAAGGUGGAGCCUGUGUACUUCAAGAUCCUGAGUGGCGUGAUACUGGAAGUCUUGGCAGAAGUGUUUCCAGAGGUUGUGACAGCAGAGGUGGGCACUGCGUGGACCAAACUCUUGGCUACAGUCUACUCCAGGAUCAAAACGGUCUAUGAGGAGGUGGGCUGGCCUAAACUGUCAACUUCAACCGGGUGAACCAUUUGGUCUGGCUUUAUUGGACCAUGUGCACUGAGAGACUGUCAGAAUUUAUUUUUUAUUUGGCCAGAGCCUAAUAAAAAAGAGCAAUCGAUUCACUGUAUGUGGGAAUACAGUUUGAUGUCAUCUGUGAUAACAGUGGGAUAUGGAGCAUAUACAGUACACUUAAAGUUUAUAAGCUUGCAAGGGACCAAACUGUUGAAUGGAGGGGGAGAGAAAGAGAAAGAAAACACAAACAUAAACCCAACAGUGGACAAGAGGUCACAUUUGACUUGGAUGUGCCUUCUCGUGAAUGUGUUUAGAAACUGCCAUGUACCGUAAAUAUAAUUCUUUCUAUAUAUUGUGUUGAUUUUCUGAUGCUGUCUUUGGAGUAAGUAUCCACCUGUGUCCACCUUAUGAGAUAUUAAUACGUCUGAGACAUUUUUACAUUUUUCCUUUGUAUCUGUACUCAAAGAUAUGUACUGAAAACAAUAUUUUGAAAUAAAAGAGCAAAAAUAACCCAAAGUCAAA